ACCUGGGACAGGUGGCAGAAUUUUCAUACUCAAUGUUUGUGGCAGAUGACAUUGGACCAACGGAGAAACCUGUAUGCUACCCUAAGGAUGCAGGACACUAUGGAACAGGAAUUAGCACUGUCCAACAAACAGCUCCUGCUGGUCCGUCAAGCUGCCUUGCACGAGCUGUUUGAAAAAGAAUAUCAACAGUACCAGCAGGAGCUCAAUCGAAUGGGCAAAGCUUUUUAUGAGGAGAGACUCUGACUGCUGCCGACUGGCCAGACACUGUUCCUCCAUCUCAUCGUACCUGCCAACCCAACCUUCAUUCUUAUGUGGAGCUUCUCAGAGCACAUCUGGACCUGGAACUUAAAUCUCUUUUUCACUGUUACGUCUACUUAUAUGUGGCUUCUAGAAACAAGAGUGACACCUUGUGGUCAGUGUGGGCUAUGCACUGUUGUAAGGGGGGAGAGAUUAUGUACAGUUUCUGGUUUAAUAAAUAAAGCUAGCUCAUAGAGGUUCAUAUUUGGCCACAGGGUUUAUUCUCAGCCUUGAGUCUUGAUUUGUUCUUGGCUGCCAUUUAAUUUUACUUCUUAGAUUGUGGGCACUGCCUCAGACUUCAGUUUCACUGUUUCACUCUCCUAAAUUCGUGGACAAAUAAACAUUAAACAUGGCUAUUAAUCUGUA